AUGAUUUUACUAGUAUAUGUUGAUGAUAUAAUCCUUGUGGGAAAAUCUGACAAUAAUUUGGAUUCAUUUAUUUCAUCCUUGAAGACUCAAUUUGCUAUGAAGGACUUAGGUGCUCUAUCAUAUUUUCUGGGUAUUGAGGCUAAACUAGAUGCUUCAACAAAUUCUUCACUUCUUACUCAAAGCAAAUAUUCUAUUGAGUUGCUCAAAAAGUUUGAUAUGCUGAAGUGUAAACCAUGCAAAUCCCCUGUUGCUCAAGGCAGAAGAGCCUCUUUAUAUGAUGGGACUUUGCUUGAGAAUCCUGCUUAUUACGGAAGUCUUGUAGGUGCACUGCAGUAUCUCACACUUACCAGGCCUGAUGUGAGUUUUGCUGUAAACUAUGUUGCUCAAUUCAUGCAUCAACCUACUGAUGUUCAUUUGCAACUUGCUAAGAAGAUUUUGAGAUUUAUCAAAGGUUCUUUGGGUACUGGAAUAACUCUUGUUGGAGGGGAUUGCUCUACCAUAACUGCCUUUACAGAUAGUGAUUGGGCAGGUUGCCCAGAUUCAAGAAAGUCUAUUACUGGUUACUGUGUUUCUUGGUCAGAAUCUGAUUGUUUGGUCUUAAAAAAAACAGCCUACUCAGUCCCAUUCUUCUGCUGA